CUACCAAUCAGUAAACAGUUUCGGAACACACUCUCUCCGUGACCGGGUGAACGGUUGUAGUAGGCUGGGGUCGAGAAACGUGCGCCGGAAAGAGCAAUAUCUUGAAGGUUGUUGCGAACGUACGUACACACGGACGCACUGUGGCGCUCCGUCUGUUGUCGUUUGGAUUGAUUGAUACGGUGUGUCCCUAAUAAACAAAACAAGUGCAAACCACUAAACAACCACGUCCUGCUGUGCGGACGGAUAGACGAUUUUGUUGCAGAUUUUGCCAAACGUCACAGUAGAAGAUUCGUUGUUCAAAAAAAAAGUGUACUAUAGCAAAUGUACACUUAGAUGUGUACACUUAGAUAAAUCGCCGGCUAAUUUGCUAAAACACCUACUGGCAGCGUGCGUGCAAGUAGACGCAUGAGAGCAAAAGUAUAAGAAAACGGAAUACUUCAAUAGGUGCAAUAUGAAGGCAAAAGCAGUGUCUGGUCUGGUGCUGGUGGAAGUAGAAGGCCGUGCGGAGUGAAGUACAGAAACGAGAGCAACACAGCAACGUACAAAAAGGAAAAGAAAAACGUCAUCAUCAUCAGCUGAUGCUGCACAAGUGGUUUUCGUAUAGGUGCGCAGCUCGAAAUGCACCGUGCUGUAAGGGCUGCUUGUGUGGUGGUAGUGGUGUAGCGGUUGUGAGAGGAGGAUUGAGUUCAAGAUUUCGCUGCAUAAACAAAAAUAUAAACAAAUCACCUUCUCCAAUGGUAGUGUUUAUCAUCAGUGUAAAAAGUGGUAAAAAAAGGUGUAUCAAAAACCUUCCCUCACAAAGGGAAGGCAAAAGGUUCGUCGCGGUGUGUGAUUCUGUGUGAUUUGAACGCGUCCAUUCGUGGUUGUUAAUUUCUGUUCUGUUUCAAUCCAAAAAAGUGUACAGUGUGUGCGUACGCGUGUAUUUGUGUGUUUGUGUGUGUGCCUGAAGGUAUUCCGCAAUCCCCACACCCAUCCCAUGAAGUUCUGAAGCAAGUGUUGUGAGAAAGUUAAUUGGUGAGUUUAUCAGCUGUGGUGGUGGUGAGCAAAGGUGCAAAAGGGCAAAGUGAAAUAAAGAAGAAGAAAAAAAAAGAAGUGUGAAACAUCCAUUUGGUGCAAUAUGUUCCGAUCGCGUGGAUUACGAAGCAAUAGCCACGAUACACCGAUGUCCAUGGCCAUGAUACUGCGUCUUACCGUCGUGUGUCUGGCACUGGUGGUUACCCUCGCCAAUGGAUCAUCGGUACCGUCAACGUGGUCCCGGGUACACCGGACGGCCCGUGACACGACGGGCGGUGGGCGGGAACAACCGUCUCACGCCGGUACGCUCAUGUCCUGUGAGCGUAUCAACAACUUUUUCUCCUCCAUCAAUGUGACCGUCAACACGGCAAAUCAAGGAUCCGAGCGCGACCAAGGACCGGUGUGCGGCGGUAUUUGCUGCGAUGCCGAAACGGAACGACAGCUGGAGGCAAAGGCGACGAAAAACUUUGAACGACUAGUCAAACACCACAUCCGAAGCCAGCGAGGGCAGUGGGAAACGGCGGCUAAUCUGUACAAAGAUUACCUGCUGCAGCUCUUGCGACAGUCGGAAAACAAAACGCUCAUCCUCUUCUCGACCGUCUACAGCAAGAUGUCACCACUGUCCCGCGAACCGAUCCGCGAGCUGUACGAAACCAUCCGGCUCAACCUGAUUGCCGACCGGCCCGGGGAUGAUCUCGAGCUGGUGACGGGCAAGUUUUUCCGCAACCUGUUCCCGGUCGCUUACCACCAUGCGAUUCAUUCGGAUGUGCUGCACGGUACGGAACGGGGACGCUCAGCAUCGGCCGGUGUUAGCAACCGUGAUUUUCACAGUGACUACAAAAACUGUCUAGUGCACACGUACGAUGAGCUGAAACCGUUCGGUAUGGUACCGCAGCAACUGUCCAGCUCGCUCGUUUCUUCCGUCAGCGCGGCCUCCGUACUGUUGCGUGCCCUAAGGGAAGGUUCCGAGGUGCUGCUCAAGCUGGAAGAGAUCGGUGUAUCGGCACCGAGCUGCCGGAAUGCGUUGCUACGCAUGAACUACUGUGGAAGCUGCAAACGGUACAACCAUCUGCACGCGAAACCGUGCUCCGGUUUGUGCCAGAAUGUGAUGCGGGGCUGUUUAAUCGAGUUUGUCGGUGCACUCAACAAGGGUUGGUCUACGCUGACGGAAGCGAUCGUUCCACUAAUCGCUACCGUCCGUUCGCAGGACGGUAUUGAGUCAGAGAUCAAAUCCCUCGACGGUAAACUAUCGAACGCCAUCAUGCACGCGAUGGAAAUUGGACCUCAGCUUGAAAAACAGGUGGAACAAGCAUGCGGCGUACCAUCGAUGAUGCCUUCCGAAUAUCUGGCAGAAGGAGCCUACGACGAUACACCACAAACGCUUGCCGGCAGCAGUAAGUGGACGCUCGCACCGAUCAAUGAGCUGCUCCAGUUCGAGAUGACGAUCGACAAGAAUAAGGAUCUCUUCAUUCAGCUGUCUACGACGCUUUGCGAAGAUGAAGACUACCAUCCGACGGAUGAGGAUUGCUGGACGGGCAGCAGCUUGAGUGACUACACCCAGCAAGUGGUGACGACGAUCGGCAAUCGGUACAAUCCGGAGGUGAUGUACAAUGCGACCGCCACCGUAUCGCCCCACAUGCAGACACUGGUCGAUCGACUUAUUAAUCUGAAGACGGCCGUUAACAAAGCGUAUUCAUCCAACAACUACAGGGGUGACGUGGAUAAGAUGCAGUCCGAUAUGGCGGAAGGAUCAGGUGAUUCCUAUCCCUCCGAUGAUGAUGAGGAUGGAGAUCUUGCGUCAGGAUCUGGAGAUGAUGUCAGUCCACGUACUAUAUUCAGAGAUUCCGGCCAUGUUACGCCCAACUUUAACGAAAUCAGCUCUUCGAAACGAAUCUCGGCCAGCUCCUGCUGGAGUUUGCUCUCCGUGUCCACGUUCGUCCUGUCCCUGCCACUGCUACUGCUGAACGAUCGAUUUAGCAGGCACUGAGCGACUGGCGGAUGCUCCUGUUCCUUGAAUUAAGGUUAGCACACGAUAAACAGAAGGUGACACCUCCGAAGCACACCUCCGGUACACUGUAGUGUGGUUUCGCUUGUAUGAAUGCGUUACAGUAAAACAACAGCAACUUCAGCGCAUACCCUUAUACCCUUAGCAGACACGCUACUGCGUUCACCCAUCCACUCGUAGCGUACACGAUCUUCCUCCAAACUCUCUUACACGUUCUCAUGUCCAAUGUUGGGCAGGAUCGCCAAUAACACCGCAUUGUGUAAUGUGUGUUACAGCAGCGCCUAAAUGUAGGCAAUCAAUAUAGUCAAAGCGUAGUAUUUCUUAUCCGGGUGCAAAUCAUCUCCCGUUUCGAAUAGAUCGAUUUUACUACUUCAUGUUUAAUUUUAUCAACCGGACAGUGAGCACUUUUCCGAUCUAAAGGGUUGCAUUGUGGUAAUGCUUUUCGGCAGCUAGGAAGCUAGGGUGGAACCAAAUUGGUGCUCCAACUGUCUAAAUGAGGUGAAGCAAUCGUCGAAGCAAUCUUGCUCCAUGGAACAAAUAGGGAAUUAUAAACCGUCAGCCAUAGGAUAGCAUCAAAGUCCUAGCAUUACUUUAUUAUCAGCCGCACAUUCUGUUUUUGGUGGCAGUCAAUUGUUCUAGUGUAUUGUGCAGCCUGCAGCCUGCUCAGCUAAUCUCAACCGAAAGAUCCCGUUCGAAACGAUCUCUCGUGUAUGUGUGUCUGUGGGUGUAAGAUUUCAGAAGUCAUACGGUCAGCUACAUGCAAGGAGGAGGAUGUUGAUGAUAAGUUCUAGUGAUUUAGUACGUGAUUCUUCCACUGUCAUUUAUUUAAUCGUUUUCAUAAAACUCGACCCGCGCCGUACUGCGAACCGUUUGGUUAGGCGUGUACAGCGACACGGUCAUCUAAUCAUUCUGACGCGUCCCUUUUCGUCCUUCUCUCUAUCAUCUCUUUACGAUGGAGAGGUAAGUCUACUUUGCAUAGUCGUUAAAACGAAGAAGAAGAAAAAAGCAAACCAGAUCGAUAUCGUAGCUAGACCAUUAUGAAACGAAUGAAGCACACAAAACUCAUGCUACAAACAUGAUAUAAACAUCUUAUUUCUACUAAUUCAAAUUAAAUGAAACAAAAGAAGAAGAAAAAAACCACGAAACGUUAAGCAUAAAGGAUGGAAGAAUCGAACGGUCAUGAAAAUAUUAUGUAAAUAUUUAACUUAAAUCAAAUAACUAACAGCACAGACACUGUACGGAAAGGAUGAAAUUGGAUAACCAAUGUAGAAUAAGACGUAGCAAGGGUAGAAAGCGAAUGGGAGUUUCGUUCCGUUUUCAAAUAGGUAUAACAAACUCUGCAAAACACAAACCAUAUAAAAAGCAACCUACGCAUAAAUUCUACACUAGUUAACAAAUUCUUCUAGACCCAGAGAAAGGAGUCUUCCGCGGUUUUUACGAUGCCCCGAGAAGGAACUUUUAGUACAACAAUGUUUUAUUAAUCUGUCUGAACACAAAUUAAACACUCAACUGUUUUAUUACAUUUCGUUAUGCGACCUUUCCAUAUCGAUUUUGCGCAAUUGUAGAGCCAAAAAAAUGCAAGCAUUAACCACAUCUUUUAAUUAACACUCAUCGGACUCAUUGGAUCAUUUUGUCGGUAUCAUCGAAAAUAUGGAAGAGCAAUACGUUUCAGCAAUUACAGCAAGUGCCAGCUUUACUUGAAAAAAAAAAAAAGAUUAUCAAGCUUAUAUCAAAACCAUCAUAAGGUAAAUGUAGCACGGUUCGGUACGCCUAAAAGUAUGUAACCCGCAAAACAUAUUUACCUUAAAAUGCUUUCGGCAUUAGUUUGUUUGUCUCUUUCAACAAGCCUGGCGAACGCAUGAGUCAAAGUUCAAUGAAAAGUAUUUUGUUUUUACAUCUGGUAGCAUCGUAAGCCAAGUCUGUUGCUUUUUCAUACCGAAAACUAGAUCGAUUUCAAUUAAAACGUAACGCUGAUGAUGCAUAAGGAUGUAGGUCAGCGCGUAUCCAGGAUUAUGACGAGCACAAUGGCCAACGAAACAAUUGCCAAGUUCGGUAGCGAUUCUCUUCCGACCGAGGGAACAGGAUGAAAGUUGUGAAGAAACGUGUACAUUUUUUUGUAGGUGUUGUAAGUGCGGGCAUGUUUGUGAUGGAUGAUUCGUUGUACAGUAGUACUCGCGGACGUGUCGUUAAGCGUUGAUGUGCUCUGGGUACGUUCAGGCAAUAGUUAUGCAAGUAGUGCGAUGUUGCGGGAGAUUUAAUCACCGACCGAGGAAAAGUUGUUGCCAAACAGAGCUAAACGUUCACUAGGCAAAAGACACCCAAAAACACACAUUGGAGAACGAAAAAUGCAAAAAACACAAAGUAUAUCGCUGGAAAUGCUAACCCAAUUGUUUGAACUAUCUGUGAUUGUGCGAGAGGAGAAGCGGGUGUCGGUUGGAACACGGUUGAAAGGUGGUGAGCAAAAGUGCAUAGCAAAGAAUUACAGUCCGGUGUUGUGCAAAAUUAAGGGCAGGAAAUUUAAUUUAUUGUUAGUAGUUUGUUGAUUUCCCGGGCCUACUUACUAGUGGCACGUAUCAUACGCAGUGUGAUCCGCGCUUCUGCGUCCAAAAAUCAUAAAAAAUUGAAGUUUAAAUUUAACACACCAUUAAACCUCCGACGUACAGUACACAGAGGUAUGGUGAUGCAGGGGUUAAACUCACCGGAACCGGAUACGAAACUAUCGAAACAGAUCGAUCUUUUUGGAGGAGUAGGAGUGAUGGGUGGGAGGGAGGUUGAGAAAGGAAUCGAACUGUGUAACACACACGUGCGGAAGCGUAAUCUUAUGGUGCCAUGAAUCCCUUUUCCGUGCGAUGAAGUGACUACCAACAGAAUGUCGGCUUUUGGCAGCAGAUAAACGGAUAAAGCGUUUGUACGGAACGAAGGAAAAAAAUUACACAUAUAUAUAUGGGAAAAAACAAGCGUAUUUAUAAGUCAGCCAGGCAUGAAGGGGGAAGAAGGUGUGAUGAAACUUCUGCAUAAGCGCCCCCACGUGCUUACGCAAACGAAGCACACGUGAGUUUAAAACCAAUGGAAACACGCUAACAAACGAAGAAAAAAGAAUACGGAUGGGAAUACGAAAACAAAUGCUAAUUCCACUUCCAGUGAUAUAUCUUAGGUUUAAGUUUGCAAUGAUUAUAUUUCUGUAUUAUUAUUAUUUUUUUUCGUUUUUAAACAUCCUCCCAUUUCGUUACAAUAUUUCUUUCCCUUAAAUUUUUGUCCUACAUUUGCUUAUUCCUCCCCCUCUUUUUAUUUUUGGGCACGAUUCGGUAGUGAAAGAAAUUAAGUCUUCAAAAUUCGAGUCAUAACUGUAAAAAUAAAACAAACAAAAAAAACUAAUACAAAUCAUCUACCGAAUCAUUAAUCGCUAAAUAAAGAUGGUGAUUUAGCCGCAAGCUUCCCCCCACCACCAGCCUAGGUUCCCAUUUCCGUUCCUGUACCGUAGUUUGAUAGGAAUAAUUCUUAGUAUACUGGAACAUCAGUUAUGAUUUUCCAAAAUUGUUUUCUCCAUUGCACACUCUCUAUCUCUCUCCCUCUGUCUCUAGUUUUCUGAACUUGUCCCAACCAGUUCAGAUUCUAGUCGAGUUUGAAGAAUUUGAAGAAAAAAAUACACACAUCUUUAUUCUGCAGUUAGCUUUCAAUGCCUCUAAACAAUCAACUGUUGGGUAGGAAGUGUCCCAAAGUGGCGUUUUCCUUAGAACAUUUUGGAAGGACCCACCAACCAUUACCAAACAUCCCUUUCCUUAACUUCUUCCGUUUGGCUCGGAUCACCUUAUCAGGGUGGCAAACGUUCAGCACCAGGAGCGGGGGGAAAAGUUACACUUCAAAAUUAUUACCAUUAAGUGUUAGAAGUCUUUGAUUGCUGAAAAGAAGUAUCGUGUGUAUCAAGUAGUAGAAGGAAGAGAAAAAAUGUGUGAAAAUUUUGGAGAAUGUAGCAAGAGAAGAGAAAAAAAGAGCGCAAUUUAUUUUGUAUUUAUCUAAUAAAUACAGUUCAAACACAGGAAAAAAAGUAAGUAAAUUAAUUUAACUAAAACAUGGAUAAACAAGGUAGAUAUUAGGAAGGUAAUAUAAAAUAUAUACAUAAAUAUAGUUUGAUGCACGCAAUUGUUGGAAGGAAUGGCGGAAACAAAGAAGGAUGGAAUCAGUUGGGUAAAAUCAUGCCCAGAGCAAAAAAAGAAGCAGAAAGAAACGAAUAAAUCGUAUGGAAAGCAUGCAUGCCUGUUGUGUCGUGGUAAAGAGAGUAAUGUGUAUUAUAUGUAGGCAAAUAGGAUAUGAAGGUUUUUUUUUGCGAAAACAAAUAAAUAAAACAAAAAGUGAAAUGCAUGCGGAAAAGUAAAUGCUAAAAGAAAAACAACAACAAAAAAACGAUUUAAAACAAGAAUCCCUACCACACCAGGAGACACACCGGUUCGGAAUGAAUAGUGUCGGUAAAGCAGAAAACAGAAAAAAAAACAUAACCCUGUAGCGUACAUAUAUCAGCAAAUCCGAGCGGCACAAUUGAUCGAUGAGAGCCCCAUUAAAUGAUGAGUCCUACUCCACUUGAAUUAAUUUGCUUCCGUUUGCGAGAUAACACCGGUUUGUCAUACCAGAAAUGGAUGACGCAAAAUAAAUGGAAGGCAACACAUAUUCAUACCAAAACUCACACGCGCAAACAAACGCAGAUAAAUAGUCCAUGAUGAUAGGAACAAUUUGCUGAAAAAAUUGAACCCCGUUAGCACACAACAUAGCACAAGGAUGCCGGAAAAAACACACAUACACAACAGAAAUGUAAUGAAAACAGGAAAAUGGCACACACAGAUAUACCUAGACUCGACAGUGGCAGCGGAAGCAAAAUGCAACAUUUAAAAAAAACCGUCAAAACCAACUGGUAGUGUGUAUAAGAAAAGUGGAAACAAUAAACAUAUUAUUCUGAAUGAAUAACAAACGUGAA